AUGGGAGGAUAUUUGGAGCAUGUGCUAUACGAAACUUCUGUUUAUGGCUGGAUCGAGGAAACCAACAAACCUAUGGUCGAGGGUAUUGUACGAGCCAUUGUUCGAGCGCACGACAAGUUGCAAAAAGGCACUGUGGUCGUUAGUCGUAGCGAGUUGUUGGAUACCAACAUUAGCCGAUCAGCAGCUGCUUAUCUAUUGAAUCCUAAAGAGGAACGAGCGCAGUACAAGUAUGACGUUGAUAAGGAUAUGACCAUGUUGAGCUUUUUCGAUACCAGCGGUGACGGUCUUGGACUGUUUAGCUGGUUUGCUGUUCAUGGCGUGUCAGUCAAUAAUACUAACCGCCUUAUCAAUGGUGACAACAAGGGCUAUGCUGCUUAUGCGACUGAGAAACACUUUAAUCCUGACAGCCUGCCUGGAAAAGGUCCAUUUGUUGCUGCCUUUGCACAAGCGAACGUAGGCGACUCAAGCCCUAACACCCUUGGAGCAUAUUGUACUGGAACUGAUACUCCUUGUGACGGGACAAAAGAAACACAGUGCCCUGGAAAAUCCACCUGUAAUGGAAGAGGACCCGGCUGGAAAGUCAGUGAUCUUGAAUCUAAUCGUAUAAUCGGACAAAAGCAAGCGGAUAAGGCGAUCGAAAUGUUUAGCGAUGAAUCCUUAAGGAUCAUGGCUUUGAGUGGCCCUAUUGACUAUCGUCAGAAGUAUUGGAAUAUUAGCUCAGUCGUUGUGCGCCCUGCUGGUACAACCGACGGUCCUGCAUUGAAUGGGUUUUACCAGAAUACGACGCAUGAAAAUCCGUUUAGGGAAAUAAUAUCAUCGAUACUUCAUCCUGCGAGCAGAGAACAGAAAGAGUGUCAGGCACCAAAACCUAUCCUAAUAGACACCGGGGAGAUGCAUGCCCCGGACGAAUGGCAGCCAAGAAUCAUUGACGUGCAACUAUUUCGUAUUGGUAACUUGUACAUUGCUGCUGUUCCUUCCGAAAUGACAACAAUGUCAGGUCGCCGUCUCAGAAAUACAAUUAAGCAAGCAUUGAUCAAGAACGGUCUCGGUGACGACGAUACUAUCGUGAUUCAAUCAGGUCCUGCGAACGGAUAUGCGUCGUAUUGUGCCACAUACGAGGAAUACCAAAUGCAGCGCUAUGAAGGAGCUUCAACACCGUAUGGUCCUCAUACAUUGGAAGCCUACCAGCAAGUCUUUGAAGAGCUUGUGGUAUCCAUGGCUGAGGGUGGAUCCGUUGCUUCUGAGAAACUACCCGAUAGCACCAGUAAAACGUACAACUUGACGCCUGGGUAUGGUGCUGAUACAGCACCUUUGGGUCGACAUUUUGGCGAUGUACUUCGUGAUGUGGGCGCAGAGUCGUUUAAUCGAGCACAAAAACCUACGGUGUCAGUGCGGUUUGUUUCUGGCAAUCCACGCAACAAUGUCAUGUUAGAUGGCACAUUCUUGACGGUUGAAAAAAAGCAGGAGGAUGGGUCGUGGAAAGUGGUCCGAACGGACGAUGACUAUGAUACUCGAUUCCAUUGGGAAUACAAAGCCAAAAUUCUCGGUUUGUCACAAGCAACCAUUGAAUGGAUCUUGAGUGAGAUUGUGGAGGCUGGAAUCUAUCGGAUUGGUUACUUUGGUCACCACAAAAUCAUUCUAAGCGGGUAA